GAGAGCGGCCUUUUGCUCUUCUGCCGCCGCAGCAACAGGCACUUCCCGGGCUCGGCCAGAGGAGCUCCUCCGCUGCAGCGAGCGCCUCCCUCCGCCUCAAGCGGGUUCCUCCCUUCAGCAACCGCGCUUGGCCCUUCUCAACAGCAAGACUUCAGCAACAACUGCACAACAAAAUGAAUGAUUCAGCUAUCAAAAGAAUAGCAACUGAUAUUAUCAAGUCACCUGAGGAUAAACGAGAGUAUCGUGGGCUAAAACUUGCAAAUGGCAUAAAGGCAAUGCUUAUCAGUGACCCCACUACAGACAAGUCUUCAGCUGCGCUUGAUGUACACAUAGGGUCACUAUCAGAUCCGCCUAAUAUUGCGGGAUUAAGUCACUUUUGUGAACAUAUGCUGUUCUUGGGAACAAAAAAAUACCCCAAAGAAAAUGAAUACAGCCAGUUUCUUAGUGAACAUGCAGGGAGUUCAAACGCUUUUACCAGUGGAGAGCACACCAACUAUUACUUUGAUGUUUCACAUGAACACCUGGAAGGUGCCCUGGACAGGUUUGCACAGUUUUUCUUGUGCCCUCUGUUUGAUGAAAACUGCAAAGACCGAGAAGUAAAUGCAGUUGAUUCUGAGCAUGAGAAGAACUUAAUGAAUGAUGCCUGGAGACUCAGUCAGCUGGAGAAGGCUACUGGAAACCCCAAUCACCCCUUCAGCAUAUUUGGAACAGGAAACAAAUACACUUUGGAAACAAGACCAAACCAAGAAGGAAUAGAUGUCAGACAAGAGCUAUUGAAGUUUCACUCCACAUAUUAUUCAUCAAAUUUAAUGGCUGUCUGUGUUCUAGGACGAGAAUCGCUAGAUGAGUUGACCAACUUGAUAGUAAAGCUGUUCUCUGAAGUAGAAAACAAAAAUGUUCCUUUACCAGAAUUCCCUGAACACCCUUUCCAGGAAGAACAUCUUCGGCAACGUUACAAAGUGGUACCUAUUAAAGACAUCAGAAAUCUUUAUGUCACGUUUCCCAUACCAGACCUUCAGAAGUAUUAUAAGUCAAACCCUGGUCAUUAUCUCGGUCACCUUAUUGGGCAUGAAGGUCCAGGAAGUCUUUUAUCAGAACUCAAAGCUAAAGGCUGGGUAAAUACACUGGUUGGAGGACAAAAAGAAGGUGCUAGAGGUUUCAUGUUUUUCAUCAUUAAUGUUGACCUCACUGAAGAAGGACUUUUACACGUGGAUGAUAUUAUUUUGCACAUGUUCCAGUAUAUACAAAAGUUGAGAACAGAAGGACCCCAAGAGUGGGUUUUUCAGGAAUGUAAGGAUCUAAAUGCUGUAGCCUUCAGAUUUAAAGAUAAAGAAAGGCCCUGCGGUUACACAUCAAAAAUUGCAGGGAUGCUGCAUUAUUAUCCCAUAGAAGAAGUUCUUGCGGCUGAGCAUUUACUAGAAGAAUUUAGGCCUGAUUUAAUUGAAAUGGUGCUGGAUAAACUGAGACCUGAAAAUGUCCGGGUUGCAAUAGUUUCUAAGACUUUUGAAGGAAAAACUGAUAGAACGGAAAAGUGGUACGGAACCCAAUACAAGCAAGAAGCAAUUUCUGAUGAAGUCAUUAAGAAAUGGGAAAAUGCUGACCUUAAUGGGAAAUUCAAGCUCCCAAUGAAGAAUGAAUUUAUUCCUACAAACUUUGAAAUUGUACCACUAGAAAAGGAUGCACCACAGUACCCUACUCUUAUUAAGGACACUGCUAUGAGCAAGCUGUGGUUCAAGCAAGAUGACAAAUUUUUCCUGCCUAAAGCUUGUCUCAACUUUGAAUUCUUCAGGUAUGUAACCAUUUUUGCCUCCAAAAUGUAUCAUAAUGAAUAUGGCAAUUUUUUAAAGGAAAUUUUUAAAUCAAGAGAAUAUGAAUGA